AUGGCCACGAAUACGGAAAAUGAAUCUACAGUCUCAAGAGAAGUAGAGAAGCCUCCAAUUGAGCCUAUACGGUUGCCUUCGGUCGAGGAGAUUCGAGGCCAAGACAUUUGGAACAACUGUGCUGUGCGUAGUGUUGUCAGUGGAGUUAUGGGUGGUGGGCUUGGAUUGAUGAUGGGCUUGCUUCUUGGGGCGUUAGACACUCCUCUAAUGCAAGACGAAAUGACUGGCAGACAGCAGUUCAUUUACCAAGCAAAGCAGAUGGGCCGGAGGAGUUGGAGUUCUGCAAGAGCAUUUGCAGUUAUGGGGUUUGUUUUCUCAGCUGCUGAGUGUGUUGUUGAAAAGGCACGAGCUAAACAUGACACAACAAAUACAGUUGUUGCUGGAUGUGUAACUGGAGGUGCACUGUCAGCAAAAGGCAUAUCACCAUAUGAUUCUACCUGCACACUUGCUUUCCCUUUCUUCUCCUUUGGAAGGGAUGGGGAAGACAAGUAA